GGUAGCUGGCCACCGAACCGCUGCUACAAUCCGCUGUUACAAAUACUCACUCCGUUUAACACCCCUAUUCCAGCGAGCAGAGCAGAGCAGAGCAGAGCCGAGCCGACUGCCCGUUUUCAAGAUUCCUGAUUCAACAAGAUAUAUUUUUUCUUCCUCUCCGAAUGGCCCAAGCGAACGGAGUUAUGAGAGCAAUCCAAUAUGACGGCUACGGAGGAGGAGCCGCCGCCCUGAAGCAUGUUGUGGUCCAAAUUCCUUGUCCCAAGGAAGGCGAGAUUUUGCUGAAGGUGGAAGCCACAAGCAUAAACCCAAUUGACUGGAAACUUCAAAAGGGCAUGAUGAGGCCAUUUCUUCCCCCUAAAUUUCCUUUUAUACCUGGCGUCGACGUCGCAGGAGAAAUAAUUGAGGUGGGCGAUGAAAGGACCAACUUUAAACAAGGCGACAAGGUCAUUGCCAUGCUCAACCUUCCUAAGAGUGGAGGUCUUGCAGAGUACGCUGUGGCUCCUGUAACCCUCACAGUUCCGCGGCCCUCUGAGCUUGCUCCGGCCGAAGCAUCCGGCCUGCCCACGGCCGCCGUCAUCGCCUUGCAGGCGCUGAAAACUGCUGGCGUCGAGUUCGACGGAAGAAACAUUUCCUCAAACACCUUGAUCACCGCUGCCUCCGGCGGUGUCGGGCACUACGCCGUCCAGCUCGCCAAGUUCGCGGGCCUUCACGUCACCGCCACCUGCGGCUCCCGUAACAUGGAGCUCGUCAAGAGCCUCGGCGCCGACGAGGUUUUGGACUACAAGAAACCCGCAGGCGCCGACCUGAGGAGCCCGUCGGGUAAAAAGUACGACACUGUGAUCCACUGCGCUACGGGGAUCUCAUGGGGGACCUUUGAGGCUAACUUGAGCGCUGAAGGGAAGGUCAUUGACAUCUCGCCAUCUUUCAGAUCCAUGUUCACUUCGCUGUGCAGGAGAGUGAUGAUGUCGAAGAAGAAGCUAGUGACCCUGUUGUUAGAGCCGAAGGUGGAGGACAUUAAGUUUGUGGUGGAGCUGGCCAAGGAAGGGAGACUCAGGACAUUUGUGGAUUCAAAGUACGGGCUGGAGAAGGCAGAGGAGGCUUGGGCUAAGAGCAUGUCUGGCCGUGCAACGGGGAAGGUUGUCGUUGAAAUGUGAGGAAGUAACGGAAUUAAGGUGUGUUUGCUUCCGGUAUUCCUGCCCUAUACUGUGUAUGAUACGAUAGCAAGUACAGCUGUGAGCAGUUUGCUGUGUUAAAAAAAUUAUAAAUAAAUUUAACAUGUUUUAAUAGUAAAUGAUAUUAAUUUAUU